AUGUUGUGGCGAUUGCCUAGUCGUCUUGUUCUCCCCCUCCGAUCAGCCGCUUUGCGAUGUCUCUCUGCAUGGCGAUUCCUCAUCAUCGCCUUCGUCGACCACCGAGUGCAGGUGAAGCCCUCGAGCCCCGUUCGGGUCUAUAUUGCAAGUCUGCACUGGAACAACGAGGGGAUUUUCCGUGACUCCUGGAACAAGGCCCUUCUGGAUCUGGUGCUGGCUCUUGGCCCUAGCAAUGUAUUUGUGAGCGUUUAUGAAAAUGGCAGCAGGGAUGGUUCUAAGGCUGCCCUUCGGGAACUCGAUAACGCACUGAAUGCCGUGGGAGCAUCACGCAACAUCACACUGGACAAGACAACACACGCUGAUGAUAUUGCAUCGCCGCCUCUUGAACCAGGAAAUGGUUGGAUCAAAACUCCGCGAGGACAAAUAGAACUUCGCAGGAUUCCAUAUCUUGCCCGGUUACGAAAUAUUUCACUACAACCUCUGAGAGACAUGGCACAGCACGGGACUACUUUUGACUACGUCUUGUUUCUUAAUGACGUCGUUUUCACGGUCGCCGAUGUGCUGACGCUACUUAACACAAACAAAGGUGAAUAUGCUGCGGCGUGUUCACUGGAUUUUAGCAAGCCGCCCUCGUUCUAUGAUACGUUUGCGCUUAGAGACGCCAGUGGAAAUGAAUAUGCAUCGCAGAUGUGGCCGUACUUUCGGUCCUCUACGUCCCGAGCGGCUAUGAAACGCAGCGAGCCUGUUCCUGUUACUAGCUGCUGGAACGGUAUGGUCUUUAUGCCCGCAACAUCAUUCGUAGGCGAGAAUGCGAUUGCCUUCAGAGGUCUUGAUGACAAACUCGCUGCUCAACACCUCGAAGGCUCUGAAUGUUGCCUGGUCCAUACCGACAACCCUUCAUCGGCGAUACGUGGGGUAUACUUGAACCCCAAUGUCCGGGUUGGGUAUAACCGCCUCGCUUACGACCAAGUCAAUCCUACCGGAUCGUGGCUCACUUACACCCAGAUCUUCACUGGCCAGUGGAAUAAUAGGCUAGCGAGGUGGUUUACGACACCGUGGUUCAAGGAGUGGAGGGUCCGAAGUCUUCAGUCCGCGUGGGAGAAGCAGAAUCCUGGCCACAAGGAGGAAGGAUCGAUAUGCGUGAUCAACGAGAUGCAGGUCCUCAUCGAGAAUGGCUGGGCCCAUGUCUAA